GUAAACAUUCAAAAUGGACGACGCACAAGCACGUGUUCAAAAAGCUGUCAAUUCCAUGUGGAAUACAUUGGACAAAGAUUGUUUACGGAAAGUGCAGAUUGAAAUGCUGAACUGUAGUUUAGAUUGUUGUAAAAAUCAAAGUUUAAAUAUAGAAGAGGUACAAGGCUGUAUGGAAAGAUGUUCUAGUAAACUCAGUAAUACACAGACUUUUAUACAGAAUGAAUUACAGAUGUUUGAGGACAGGUUACAGAGAUGUGUGAGAGAUUGUCAGGAUAGAACCAAAGAUCAGAUUGGUCCCAACCCUUCCGAGACAGAAUUACAUAAACAUAAAGCCGGUCUAGAGAAAUGUGUCGUAAAAUGUGUUGAUAAUCAUAUUGACUUAUUCCCCAAUUUUAUCAAAAAACUUACCGAAUCCAUCAAGAAAAGUUAAUAUAUUUAAUGAUUAGAUCAGCAAUGAAGUAAUUGAUGUUGGUGUGUGUAUUGACUCUUUCUGUUAUAAGAAAAGAAGUGUUACUCUAGCCAUGCAUGCAUUCAGGUUACAUAUUCUUAAAACAACCUUAGCACCAGGAUAUCCUAGAAAAAGUGUUAGAAGUUAAGCUCGUUUCGAGAAUAUGUAGACUGUUAUAGCAUAUUAUGGCUAUGCCAAUCCCAUCAUUUUCAACCUUGAGCUAUCUUUUUGUACCCUUGGACAAAAAAUCUGACCUAAUAAAUAAAUUGUUUAUAUGAAAUAACAUUUGAAAGUGUAGAAACUGGAAAAUCCCCAUAAAACAGGGCUUAGUAUUUCUUUCUCUUCUCCAACAGACGACUUUCAAAAUAGCUGGAAGUGGCUGGAGUAGAUGAAGCUGUUUGGGUCUAUUUAAGGGAAUACAAAUACUCCAGGAAUGGAAACUAGGGAGGUAAGAUUUGCAUGAUAAUUUCUAGAGGAUGGGUUAGAAUUUUCAUCACUAGUAAUUUUGAUAAGGACAAUUACUGUCAAAGAGAACAAGGUUAUACUAUAUACAUGUAUUAUGAGUUAUAUUGUAUUUAUUUUGGGUUAUAAAUGAUUAAUUUCAUCAAGAUAUAAAUUUUUAUUGGCUGAUUGAUAUACUUGUUUUUUUUUUCUUUUGACACAUUGCUUGGAUUUUUAACCCAUUGAGUGAAGUCAUGAAGUCAACAUUUUUGUCUUGGAUACAGACAUUUCAACAAUACACAUCAGGGGAUCUUUUCAAACAAGCUACAAAGUCUACUUUAGGGUAGAAAAAAAACAAAACUUGUUUAGUUUGACUUUGGGUAGAAUAUGAAGGCCCACUAAUCAAGACAAUUUAUACCAAAGUUCCAGAAUGUUUAUUUUUGUUAUUCUUAUGUUAUUGGUGGACAUGGAAAAGGCAUCUUGUUGUUCCUAUGGGAAGAAAUAAAUCAAAGAUUGUGUUGGUGCUGUGCUGGUUAAAGAUCUUUGGACAUCGAAAACAGUAGGCUAAUUCCACCUUUUUCAGAAUUUGCAGCGGAUGUUGGGUUGAAAAACUCAGUUGAAGAGUUCAGUCAUCUUGAAGAACGAGCAUGCCAGACCCCGCACACUACUCAUCUCCCCGCAGCUUUUAGACUAGCAAGUCCAAAAUGUCUCUCUCUCGACUGGAGUAGGGUCCAAAAAAUUAAGCCCUGUUUUAUUAGGAUUUUUCUACACUAUGAAUAGAGGCAAAUGUUUCAGCCUCGGAUUACACCAUGUCUAGUUCUUAGUAACUUGCUGAUGCUUUAACAGGCAUCUCCAGAUUGUCUGUAAAGAUGGUACUAAAUAAAUAUAGAGAAGAAAACACUGGUGGUAUAUAAAUUAAUAGAUAAAUAUAUCCUUUGGUUUAUUAUGGUCAUUCUAGAUUCUGUUCAUAAAUAUAAACUCAUAAACUUACAUGAAAAUUCAAUAAAAAUAUAAAUUUUUCAAUAAGCAUUUCAUAAUUUGUCAUGAUUUUCUUCAUUUUGAAGUUGCUAUCAAGUACAACUGUUAUGCUUUUCAACUGUAACAGCUUUGAUAGAUCAUCUUCACAAUGUCUAGCUAUUAGGAACCUCGUCUUAAACCAUACCUGCAAAAGCCACUUUUCAUGUAUCAUGAAAGUUUGUAAUGCCACUAUUUGAUUGGAUUUUACCCCAGUGAACAUAACCAAUUAGAGCCCUCAAUACAAAGUAAACUAUAGUUGUAAACUAUGGGGCUUAUUAGUUACAGACUUUAUGUUGAGAGCUCUGAUUGGCUGAAAUAAACUAUCGUACAAUCCAAUCAAAUUGCUGCUUUCCAUGACACAAAAAUGUGACUAUUGCAGUCAAGGUAUAAUGCAAAGUUCGUAAUAGCUUGACAUUAUGAAGAUAUGAUAGACUAUUUUAAGGCUCUUGAUUAUUGGCGGUUGGGUCUUUCAUUUUCGUUCUCCAAAAUUAAAUUUCCUAUUUUGACAAGAUUCUGGGGAGAUUGGGAAACAAGCCUGAACACAAAAAACAUAAGUUUGGAUUAAUUUUUCACUCGAGUCAUGUAUUUGUCAAUCACUAAAAUCCAUUUUAAAUUUAAUAAAAUCAACCAAUCAAAAUGUUGUUUAUUUUUAGAAUUUUUAUCUUGUCUUUU